AUGCACUUCAGCCCGACAAUACCACCGGCCAACGACAAUGGCACCAACGACCACCUCGACCCAGUCCUGCUGCCCCGAGCGUACGAGCUGUCCCUCAACCACGACGACCACCUCCGCAGACGGCUGCACUACGACCCUCGCCUCCAUCCAGCUUUCUCCUCGUCCUCCUCCGCGACGACAACGACAAGACUGAACUCGGCCGGCGGCCAAGACGGAAGCAACUCUACCUCGUUUCGCCUCGGCGACGAUCGUCCUUCCAGUGUCGCCCAGGAUAGCCUUUUCGCAGGCAGAGACGAUGGACAAGCCACCCACCGAUCCACUCGGCUCGUGGCUUUCACGGCGCCAGAUGCGACCCAGCAGGAUAGGCUGCACAAGAUCUGGACAGACAGGUUCGACGUCAUCCACCUCCUCUCGUCGCUCCCUGCCAAGCCAAAGAGGACUACCGUCCCCAGCAGGACUGCUUCGACCUCCUCCCCUCCCUCGGACGACGAUUCCGACGGCUUCUCGGACCUUCCCUCGGAUUCCGACGACCUCUUCUUCCUCACCUCAUCCGAGGCGGCCGAUUACCUGCGCGACAAGAAGCGGAACCGUCUCGAAGACGAGCGACAGAAGCGUAUCGCCGCCAUCCUGGCGCUCGAACAGGGGGACCAGGCGGACCCGGCGCUCACGGCCGACGCGGCGACCGAGGCGCAGGCCGGGUUUCCGGAUCAGACGCAGUACGAGCUGAUGCAGCGCACCGCGAAAGUGUUGCUGCAGUCGACCAACCCGACGGUGCUCGAGAUGAAGAUCCUCGCCAACCACGGAUCCGACCCGCGCUUCGCCUUCCUGCGAAAGGGGACCAAGCAGCUGUACCCGGACGUGUGGAAGAGGCUCCGUAGCGGGUCAAAGGAAUGCGAGAGGCCGUACGACAAUGUGAGGAGGGAGUUUGAGGGCGCUGCCAACUCGCCAGGUGACGAAGCUCAACCUGCUGCUGCAUCAACAUCAUUUGCGGUCGGCAUGGGUGCAUCGCUGGUCGCGUACGACAGCGAUUCGGAGAGCGAAGACGACGAUGGCGACGAGGGAAAGGGCGACGCCAGCCAGAUCAAGGCCGUCGCCAGUACCGACUCCGCCGCCUCGCAGCCAAAAGACACGGCCGACGAUGCGCAGCUGCAGGGCCAGAACCACCACGGCGACGACGGCAACAACGGCGGGGGAAAGCCGCCGGUGGCUCCCACGUCCGACGAUCAGGCGACCAACGAACUCAAACGCAAGGAGCGCCUCGAGCGCGCACGCGAGUGGGCAAAGAGGCGGAGAGCAGAAAAGGCAGCGAUGUAG